CCUGAAUGUUUUAUCAGCAACUAUCCUAAGAUUGUAUGUAAUCCUUUGGUUGUAAACAAAACGCAGGAUAUCCGCUGCGCAAUUUUUACACCAGCCGCUUUUGAUCCUGUAAUCUGCAUACCGCUUUGUACGUGAGACCAUCGUUCACGUGGGUGUUGUCUGCAUGGUAUAGUGUUACCAGAUUUUACGAGGAGAUUAUAAUUCAUCCAAUUGCUCUCUCGUAACCAUCAAAAUACCGGUAUUCCUCAGAAUGAAAAUGUUUAUCUUCCCUUUCGCUUUGGUUUUAUCUGCUUCGUCUCUAGUGCACGCAGUAAAGAAAUGCGAAAAGAUAGAUGCUUGCAGAUGUUCCACGGAUGAAGGAGAACUAAAUAUUUGGAGCGUUGCAGGACAGAAAACAAACGGAGCGAGAUUCAACAUCUCAGCAUCCGGUCCCGCUCAAAAGUCGACCUUCUAUCUGUGGAACCCCUGUAGCCCGAGGACCGAGCAGGGCCACCCCUGCCAGGAUUCAUCAGUUUGUCAAGUUAGCCAGAUAACACUUUCUGACGUGUCACGCAAGAACAUUGGAGAACGCGAUCUCUCGGACUGCGUCCUUGACGAGAACAGUGGACAAUGUAUGUUGACUUAUGGAAUCACGGGGAACGACCGAAUGAAAACAUCGAUUUCCCUGGUGUGUAGUGAAACAGAAGUUGGAAAAGUCGACCCCAUGAGCGUCAAUGGCUCGUCCUAUCACACCUCCCUGCACAGCAUAUGCGCAUGUCCAGGAAGAUGUCUGCUUGAUGCCAAAGAGGAUGCCGGGAUUCGGUUUGAUUCGUCAAAUGUAGGCGGGAGUGGAUUGAGUGUUGGUGCUAUCGUAGGAAUAGCAAUUGCAGGUGUCAUCUUCCUAAUCAUUUUGCUUUUUGCAAUUUUUAUUUGCUGCCUGCGCCGCAAGCUUCCCUCUGGUAUUCCCAAGCCAUCUGUCUGUACUACGGUGAAGGUUGGACUGAAGAUGAUCAAGAAGAAACUGUGUCCAUGCUGCUAAAGAAGGGAGAGAGAAACGUGUUCCCAACUGAUCUAAACCAGAGAUGCGUUCGAGCUGACCGAAUGGGAUUUUUGAACGACUAUUAGAGGUCAAGAAUAUACCAGCACUUUUUUCCUUUUCAAAUCCUGACAUCCGUAUAAAGCGAAGGAAACUUUGGAUCACCCCCCCUCCCCCGCUCCUCAUCUUCCAUCAGGCUUUUGGUGUUUUUUAGUAUUUUUCUGCCUCAAAAAUUGUUACAACGAUGGAAUCACAUGUUACUUCACCGGGCAAUAGUGUGAAAGAAGGUAAUUUGUUUUCUAAAUAAUGAAUUCGACGUCCCCUAUC